UAGCCUCCCGCUGCUUGUUAUUUUCUGCAACAAGAUGGCUGUCGUUCCUGAGAGCAGAGUCCUCACUUUCAGCGUUUUUAAAUGGAGCUCUUACUCCUCCACAUAUUUACCAGAGAAUAUCUUAGUGGACAAACCUAACGAUCAGUCUUCCAGGUGGUCCUCUGAGAGCAACUACCCUCCACAGUUUUUAAUCUUGAAAUUGGAAAGGCCGGCGAUUGUUCAGAGCAUCACCUUCGGGAAAUACGAGAAGACGCACGUGUGCAACCUGAAGAAGUUCAAAGUGUUCGGCGGGAUGAGCGAAGAGAACAUGACAGAGCUUUUGUCCAGCGGCCUUAAGAACGACUACAACAAGGAAACAUUCACCUUAAAGCACAAGAUCGACGAGCAGAUGUUUCCCUGCCGAUUCGUCAAAAUAGUGCCUCUGAUGUCUUGGGGUCCUAGUUUUAACUUCAGCAUCUGGUACAUCGAGCUGCACGGUAUCGAAGAUCCAGAUGUGGUGCAGCCCUGCCUUAACUGGUACAGCAAGUACAGAGAACAGGAAGCCAUCCGCCUUUGCCUCAAGCACUUCCGGCAGCAUAACUACACAGAGGCCUUCGAGUCGCUGCAGAAAAAGACCCGGAUAGCUCUGGAGCACCCCAUGCUCACCCACCUGCACGACCGGCUGGUGCUGCAAGGAGACUUCGACGCCUGCGAGGAGCUCAUAGACAAAGCUGUGAGAGACGGUUUGUUUAACCAGUAUAUCAGCCAGCAGGAGUACAAGCCCAGGUGGAGUCAGAUCAUCCCCAAAUGCAACAAAGGUACAAGCGCCCAAGAAAUCAACCGAGACGACAUGAACAGUGACGGCGACGACAACAGGCCAGGGAUGAGGGGAGGGCAUCAAAUGGUCAUUGACGUCCAGACGGAGACUGUGUACCUGUUCGGGGGCUGGGACGGCACACAGGACCUGGCUGACUUCUGGGCUUACAGCGUUCAGGAGAACCAGUGGGCCUGCAUCUCCAGAGACACUGAGAAAGAGAGCGGUCCCAGUGCUCGCUCCUGCCACAAGAUGUGCAUCGACUCCCAGCAGCGUCAGAUCUACACGCUGGGCCGUUACCUAGACUCCAGCGUCAGGAACAGCAAGUCUCUGAAGAGCGACUUCUACCGCUACGACAUCGACGCCAACACCUGGACGCUACUCAGCGAGGACACGUCAGCUGACGGAGGGCCAAAGCUGGUCUUUGACCAUCAGAUGUGCAUGGAUUCGGAGAAGCACAUGAUCUACACGUUCGGCGGUCGCAUCCUGACGUGCAACGGCAGCGUGGAAGACAGCCGGACGUCGGAGCCCCAGUUCAGCGGCCUCUACGCUUACCACUGCCAGGCGGGAACCUGGAGUCUCCUGCGGGAAGACUCGUGUAACGCCGGGCCAGAGGACGUCCAGUCCCGCAUUGGACACUGCAUGCUCUUCCACACCAGAAACCGCUGUCUCUACGUGUUUGGGGGUCAGAGGUCAAAGACGUACCUCAAUGAUUUCUUCAGCUACGAUGUGGACGGAGAUCAUGUAGAGAUCAUAUCAGACGGCACCAAGAAGGACUCGGGCAUGGUGCCGAUGACGGGCUUCACCCAGCGAGCCACCAUCGACCCCGACCUCAACGAGAUCCACGUCCUGUCGGGCCUCAGCAAAGACAAGGACAAGCGUGAGGAGAACGUCCGCAACUCCUUCUGGAUUUAUGACAUCGCCCGCAACAACUGGUCAUGUGUGUACAAGAACGAUCAGGCAGUGAAAGAAAACCCGAGCAAGGCUCUGCAGGAGGAGGAGCCGUGUCCACGCUUUGCACACCAGCUGGUCUAUGAUGAGAUGCACAAGGUGCAUUACCUGUUUGGUGGAAACCCCGGCAAGUCUUGUUCUCCCAAGAUGCGACUGGACGACUUCUGGUCCCUCAAACUGUGUCGGCCCUCCAAGGAGUACUUGCUCCGCCACUGCAGAUACCUCAUCAGGAAAUACAGGUUUGAGGAGAAAGCCCAGUCAGAGCCACUGAGCGCGCUCAAGUACCUGCAGAAUGACCUGUCACUCACUGUGGACCACACAGACCCUGAUGAGACCAAAGAGUUCCAGCUCUUGCCCUCGGCUCUCUUCAAGUCCAGCUCUGACUUCAUCCCUCUGGGUUUCUCAGACGUCGAUCAGACGUACGCUCAGCGGACGCAGCUCUUCGACACACUCGUCAACUUCUUCCCGGACAGCAUGACGCCGCCCAAGGGCAACCUGGUAGACCUCAUCACCCUCUAGCCAAUCAUCCUCACCCACACACCGGACUUGACUGACUGACUGAACACCCCCCCCCCCCCCCCCCACACACACACACACAUGCACCGGAUAGAACGGAGGAGACAGAGACCAGUUAUUUUUCUAUUUCUUGAACCCCUGCUCGCGGGAUUCCACUUCUUCACCCUGAUCUCCUGCUGUUCUGUCAGGCUUGUAAACACAUGCGUAAAACAACAUUGUGUGAUUCGGAGACGAGAGAAACUCCACAACGACCUGAAGGGGGGUGUGUGUGUGUGUGGU